CCCGCCUCCAGACCCCGUGGCCUCACCAGCACCAAGAUUUCCUUCUCCAGCUUCAAACAAUCCUUCACAACCAAUGUUAAUUACCUGAAACGAAGGUUCUCCUCGGGGGACCUUUCCUCCGAGCUCGAUGGCGAGGGAGAGCCCGGGGCCGGGGGCUACCCGCCGGACCAACCCGGCGGGCCGGCCCCACCCGGGCCUGGCGGACCGGGUGGGCCGGGUGGCGCCCCCAGGCCGGGUGCCGCCCCCGCGCCCGCCCCCGGGGCCGGGCCUGCUCCUGCGGGGGCGGCGGGGGCGGGCGCUCCGCAGAGCGGCGACCUGUCGCUCAACCUGAAGCCCAACUCGCGCACCACGUCGGCGCCGUCCUCGCCGGCCAAGACCCGCGAGUCGCUGCUGCAGCGCGUGCAGUCGCUCACUGGCGUGGCCAAGGAGCACGGCUCGCAGAUUCUCGGCUCCGUGCAGUCGGCGGCCACCGCCGUCCGGCCGUCGUUCAACAAAGACCGCUGCUUCACCUUGCUCGUCAUCGACGACCAGAACACUGACUGGUCCAAGUACUUCCGGGGACGGCGUCUCCACGGCGACUGGGACAUACGGGUGGAGCAGGCCGAGUUCCGGGAGCUGUCGCUGACGUCCAAUGUGGAGACGGGCUGCCACGUCAGCAUGGCCGUGUACAGGAACGGCACCAAGGUCAUGAGGUCGUUCCGACCCGACUUCCUCCUCAUCCGUCAGAAUCUGCGCGACGCCGGCGAGAGCUUUGUCAACGUUCUGCUGGGAUUGAAGUUUGGCGGCAUCCCUUCCGUCAACUCGCUCACGGCCGUGUACAACUUCCAGGACAAGCCGUGGGUGUUCGGCCACCUGCUGCAGCUUCAGCGGCGGCUCGGCAAGGAGAACUUCCCGCUCAUCGAGCAGACCUUCUACCCCAACUACAGAGAAAUGCUCAGCACGCCCAAGUACCCGGUGGUCUUCAAGAUCGGCCACGCGCACGGCGGCCUGGGUAAGGUGCGCGUCGACAGCCACGCCGACUUCCAGGACAUGGCGAGCGUGGUGGCCGUGGCGGGGACCUACUGCACCACCGAGCCCUACCAGGACUCCAAGUACGACAUCCACGUGCAGAAGAUCGGCAGCAACUACAAGGCCUUCAUGCGCAAGUCCAUCUCGGGCAACUGGAAGACCAACACGGGCUCGGCCAUGCUGGAGCAGAUCCAGAUGACCGACCGCUACAAGAUGUGGGUGGACGAGGUGUCGGAGCUGUUCGGCGGCCUCGACAUCUGCGCCCUGGAGGUGGUCGUCAACAAGGAGGGCAAGGAGUUCAUCAUCGAGGUCAACGACAGCGCUCUGUCGCUCAUGGGUGAUUCUCAGGAGGAGGACAGGCGCCAGAUCGCGGAGCUGGUGGCCGCCCGCAUGCAGCAACACUGCCGGCCGGUGUCUAUGACGAAGGCGACUUCGCGCAGCUCCGUGUCGAGCAGCGGCCUGGGGUCGCCGACAUCCGAGGGCCCCGGCAUCGGCCCCGGCGCCGACGUGACGGCCAUCGGCGGCAUCUCCAGCAGCGGCGUCCCGCGCCGGGACUCGCAAGCCUCCCAGAGCUCGACGACGUCCGCCGCGGCCACCGCGAGGCGCCCCGCCGAGGAGGCGCGCUCACUGUUCGGCAGGCAGAGCUCGACGGCGGGCACGGGGUCGCAGGCGGGGCCGGGGCCAGUGGCCGGCCAGGAGGGGGCUGCAACGGGCACCGGGGAGGACAACGAGGACACCAUGAAGAUACUGCGCAACACGUUCGCGGGUCUAUUCGGGGACAUGUAGAGAAAAACAAACGGGGUGGGGGGUAGGGAUGAUUUUUGAAAAAUUGUUAUUGCUAUUAUUUGUGGGCUCGCACCAAUGCUUUGUUGCGUUGUAGUAAUAAGAUCAACUUAAACUCAAUUCAGAAUUUUUUUAAGUUGAAAGAAACAGUUUCAGACAUAAACACAGCCCCAACUUUAUUGAAAUGUAUUGAGACUACUUUUGUAAAUUGGUGCGACGUACCUUUGAAGGUGCUGUUAAUAUUAUUUCUAUGUUGAGUAAGAAAUCGAUUAAAAGAAAAUUGCUGCAUUUGAUACAAGUUUUUUAAAGGUGCAUAUUUGUCUUUUAAGUCAAUUUGAGCUUUAAGGAUUGUUAAUUUCAGCGCUAUUUCUGAAUAUUUGCAAAGCAGUUCUUCAAAUGAGGCUAGGUAGAACAGUACUUUGUAGGAGACUGAAGAGGAGCACAAAAGGAGGAAUUGAAUGCCAAUCAUUUAGUAGCUCUCUCAAUGGUAGAAGGGAAAACCUUUAUGAGAUGAUUGAUUUGUAUUCUGCUGGCAGUAAUACUAAAAAUGUUGUUCAAUUCAACCUGCAAUGCUGAACAAGACAGAAAAAUGUUAGUAAUUUCUAAAAAGACUUUCCAGACCUUUUGGAAUGAGUGCCUCAGACUUUUAAUUUCCCAUUGAGAACUCAAAGUCAAAAUGGGGUCUUUGGAUGUCGUUCUGGCCACUUAGCAGUCUCUAACUGGGAUAUUUUGACUUGAAAGGUCAAAAUGACAUCACUUGGACGACAUUUUGACUGAAGAAUUCACUUCAGAUGUAUUGGCUAUGCUUCAUUUGCAUCGCAAUACAUUAUGGGAGGUUUCCAUGAAUACUCCAGCUAGAUUUUACAAAAUGAAAACAAAUUUUAAUGAUGAAGGUUGUAAUCCAUACAGUGAAAUGUGGUGCCUUAGACUUAUGCUUUCUAUAAUUUUUGCAGACCUUGCUUGGUUGUUAUUUGUUGACAAUGUUUUGAUAUGUUAAGGGAAUGGCAGGAGCUUCAGAUGCCCUGCAAAAAUAUUUACAACUGUUAAAAAUGCAGUGUUUAACUUUUCCUUGUAUUCCUUGUCAUAUCAUUCUUGACUUCAUUAGCAUAUUUUAUGUGUUAUGUUGAUUGUGUAUUGAACAUUGAUCCCAUUUUCCAAGGGUGCAAGACUUCCCUGUGGACUUUGGUUUUUGAUAAAUUAGUUCACAUUGCUUGUUAGAUAAUGAUAGGCGUGAGGUAUAAAUUGUGUUCUGUAUACCCCACAAUGCGUAUGUAUGAAUAAUACUCAGGUUCUGAUAGAAACACAUGAGUCACUAUUAACUCUCUGAUUAAAUGUUAAUCGGAAUUUUUUAACACCACCAUUGUAUGAAACAAUGAUACUCAUGACAAUAUUUUAUUGAAUGUAGAGUUAGAAUGCUUUUUAAGAAACAUGAAAAGGCCAUGCAUUACAACACAUAUAUACAAAAAAAAAGUUGUUUAUUCUUUAUCUGGGCUGAACUGGCUAUCAAACACCUAUUAAGUUGAUGAUUAUUUUGCUGAAGAUUUACCUUUGUUUUUACCUAUGUGUUAUUAAUCAUAACUUGACAGGGGUAAUGGGAGGAGACACUGGGAAAUCUUGAAAAAAAAAUUGGAAAUGGUGAAAGAUGGGCACAUCACAUACUUCAACAACGUUUUGAGUCAUGUGAUAGUUUUGAAAUAGGUCUCACUGCCCUGAGAGGAUAAAAUUCAGCAAUAAAUUUCAAAUGUAAAGCUAGACCUCACAAUGAAACGAUUCUAUACAUGUUUAUGAUUCAUCCAUUCCAAAAGCAAAUAAUUUUUGUUUGUAGAGCAUACCUUAAUUAUAGGCAAAGAAUAAUCAGAGUAUUUUUCUGCCCCAAUGUUUUCUUAUUUUUAUUAUCACCAUAAUUGAUAUUAAACCAGGAGAUUUGACAGGGUCAGUUGUCUGGAAAACUCUUUCAUGGCAUCAAAUCUAAAUAAUUGAUUCUAGCCUGCAUUAGAUUGCUAACCCUGUGGUUUCUCUUCGUUCCAGCCUGUGCUUCCUCCCAUCCAUCUUCUCUGAUCCCAAAUUAACCUGUUGGUCCUUACUAUCGUGGGUUAAUUUUCUUAUUACGAAUUGGACUUCUUCAUGCUCUUAUUCCUAUCCAAAUUAAUGCUACACGGAAUUGAUGGCAAGCUUUAAAUAACAUGGAACAAACACUGUGAGAAAUGAGUGCACUUCAUUGGGUGCCAAUUACCUAAGUAUAACAUUCUGUCAUGGAAUAGGUAUAUAAUACCUUAUGCUUCAAAUUAACUUGAAAUAGGCAAAUGUUAUCAAAAAGAUUAUUUAGUCCAGUUUGAAAUUCAAAACUGUGUCAAUUUUGACCUUAAAUCAGGUAUUUUUUAAAAUUGAAAAAAUGCAAAUGCUAAAAACGUUGAGAAAAAAGUUGUUUUCAUAAGUAGAACACAAAUGUUGUUAGUAAUAUUUAUCUCACUGUAAGUUUUGUUCUGUAUUUGGAAAAACUCCUCCUGAUGGAGGUAGUACUUAUCAUGUGUGAUAUUGCCACAAAUUUAAGAAAGAAAAAAUGAGUGCUGAGUGAACAUUGUGAAUGAGUGUUUGGAUGAACUUCCUUUAACUGGAAGAAUGUUAAGUGACUGAAUAAAUGGAUGAACCUGUUCCAGCAAAGAUGUGGCACUCUUCAUGAAAAAAAACUGAGUCAGUUACAGUUCUUUUUUGCCCGAAAAUUUUCUGUAAAGCUUCACCUUUGUAUUAUGAUUGAUGUACUAUACAUAUAUCUUUGUCUCCAUUAUAAAGCUACUACACUGCAUGAGCCACAUGUGGUUCAAAUUUAUGUAUUGAUAACUCAUGUAUAAUAAAAUAUGUAUCUUGAUGUCACAAAUAUACGAGGUCAAGGCUCA